AUGGCGACGACGACGACCACCACCACCACCACUGCCACCACCACAAACAACCACACAAACCAACCCCUACACUUCCGCGUCGCAACCCCGACCGACGCGGCCCGGCUCUACCCGCUCGUGCAAUCCGCCUACCGCGGCAACGAGAGCCGGCUCGGCUGGACGAACGAGGCCGACCUGCUCGCGGGCGACCGCAUCAGCGUCGAGGGCAUCCUCGCCAAGAUCACCCACCCGGAGGGCGCCGUCCUGCUCGCCACUGCCACUACCGCUCACACUAGUAGUAGUGCUGCAAAUGGGGCGGCGGCCGAGGAGGGGGAAGAAGAAGAGGUGUUGAUAGCCUGCUGCGAAGUCCUCCGCCGCACGCCCGAGACGGCCUACUUCGGGAUGUUUGCCGUUUCGCCGCGGCGGCAGGGGGGCGGGGUGGGGAAGCAGGUGCUUGCGCAUGCCGAGGAGCACUGCAAGCGGCUGAUUGCGUGGUAUCUGCGCCGGGGGUACCGGCGGACCGGGGAGGAGGUGGCGUUUCCGUAUGCUGAUUUGGCGCGGACGGGCGGGGUGGCGCUGAGGGAGGAUUUGCAUAUGGUGAUUUUGGCAAAGGAUUUGCGAUAG